GGCUGGGCUCCGGAGCGCGCACGCCGUGCGUCCCGGCCGCUCGGGAUUGUCGCCCGGCGCGCCCCGGAAGGCCCGCAGUUCGGCCCGCCAUGUUCGUCUCCGCGGCGCUCCGGGCCCGGGCGGCGGGCCUCACCGCCCAGUGGGGAAGACAUAUAAGAAAUUUGCAUAAGACUGCUGUGCAAAAUGGAGCUGGAGGAGCCUUAUUUGUGCACAGAGAUACGCCUGAGAAUAACCCAGAUACUCCAUUUGAUUUCACACCAGAAAACUAUAAGAGGAUAGAGGCAAUUGUGAAAAGCUAUCCAGAAGGGCAUAAAGCAGCAGCUGUGCUUCCAGUCCUGGAUUUAGCCCAAAGACAGAAUGGAUGGCUGCCCAUCUCUGCCAUGAACAAGGUUGCAGAAAUUUUACGGGUACCUCCAAUGAGAGUCUAUGAAGUAGCAACUUUUUAUACAAUGUAUAAUCGGAAGCCAGUGGGAAAGUAUCACAUUCAAGUCUGCACUACCACGCCUUGCAUGCUUCGAAACUCUGACAGCAUACUGGAGGCCAUUCAGAAAAAGCUUGGGAUAAAGGUUGGGGAGACUACACCUGACAAACUCUUCACUCUUAUAGAGGUGGAAUGUUUAGGGGCCUGUGUAAAUGCACCAAUGGUUCAAAUAAAUGACAACUACUAUGAGGAUCUGACACCAAAGGAUAUUGAAGAAAUUAUUGAUGAACUCAAGGCUGGCAAAAUCCCAAAACCUGGGCCAAGGAGUGGACGCUUCUCUUGUGAGCCAGCUGGAGGUCUUACCUCUCUGACUGAACCACCUAAAGGACCUGGCUUUGGUGUGCAAGCAGGCCUUUAAUUUAUAUUCACCUGUAAAUAUGUCACUGGAGAAAUAAAAUAUGAAUCUCCUAUCUGCAUAAA